CGUUGGUGGCAACGCGUCUGGACGCGUCUACUUGCCGCACGGAUGGCGCGCACUCGAAUCGGUGGGAAGCGGAAAGGUCCCCGAGAUCCCACCAAAGAGGCUCGCAUUCAAGCCGCCAUCCAGGAUACCUUGACUGGUGUUCAUGGCAGUUUUCGCAGUGCUGCAUCAUACAAACGGAAAGAAGAUCUCGAAGCACUUGCCGGAGCACUCGGACUCUCGAGAGACGGAAAAAUCGCUGAUCUUGCUGCACGGAUCAAAGCUCACUUGGAAGAUCCUGACACUCGCACAGCCCUUGCAGAUAAUCCUCGAUUUUCGGCGCUAUAUGGUUCAAAACGACGCACUGGCAGGCCUGUUGCCGACUUGCCGUUGCCAACCCAACUUCGAAUGAAAACUCAACACCUUCAGCAAGUACUUCUCUCCCCACGGCAGCCAACAAUAUGUUCUACCCGCAGCCACCAUUUUUUCCGCAAAUGCAAGGAUCUCUCCCCAUUCCUUAUCCGAACCACCUACAUCAUGUUGGCCCCGCUGUACUCUCAACAACCGCUCCUGUCAUAUCUACAUCAUCACAGCCAUUGCUGUCUGGGCAUCCUAAUAGUCUCCCUUUUCAUUACUCCGGCAACUCGCAAUACAUAUUCAAUUAGAUUACUGCAUACUAGCCACUGGUACACUCGUAUAUAUCUUCCUAAUAUCUAA